AUGGGACUGAAUGAUGUGUAUGCACAUGCAAGAUGCAAUAUCCUCGUGAUGAGCCCGCUUCCAAAUAUGGAUCAUACCUAUUCCAUCCUGCUGCAAGAUGAAAGUCAGAGGGAAAUAUUUGUUAGCCCACAAUAUCCAACAGAUGGUGCAUCUUUUAUGGUAGGACCUCAAGGGAAGUUUAAUCAAAGGAACAAUAUUCAGAAAUCAUGGGGAACUCCUCAGAAACAGGGGAACAUUCAGAACAUGCAACAAAAGUUCAAAAAGAAGGCAAAGUACAAUCCUAAUGUGAGUUGUAGUCAUUGUAUGAGAACAUGGCAUGUAAGGGCAGAUUGCUACAGACUAAUAGGAUUCCUAGAUGAUUUUCAAUUCAUAAAAUCAACAAAUUAUCAGUCUGCCAUAAAAGGAAAUGCAGUGGUGGCAGGACAGGAAGGUGAAGAGAAGAACAACACAUGUAGUGAAGGAAAUAUCAGCAGUCAGAACCAGUUUUUCAGUAAGGAGCAAGGGUCAGAAUUGGUAAACAUAAUCAAGCAAGUGCAGAUUGGAAGUGCAGCAGCCACAACAUUAGAAAUCAAUGCUAAUGCUGUAGCUGUUACCAUACUCAAAUACACAGGAACUUGUCUUGCUGUUUUCAACACUAAAACAUGGAUAAUUGACUCAGGGGCCUCUGAACAUAUGUGUUUUGAUGCUAAUUCUUUCCUAUCUCUUACUCCUCUUCCUGCACCUUUGCACAUUAGCUUACCUAAUUCAUUCCAGUUGUGUGUUACACAUAUAGGAAGUGUGUCUAUUCAGCCUGAUAUGGUUCUUCAUAGGGUGCUUCAUGUCCCUUUAGUAGGGAUGGGACAAGUUUUUGGUGAAGUUAGAGAUGGAUUGUACCUGUUUCAGCCAACUAGAAUAGAGUCUAUCUCUCCUCUUAGAAAAAAUGUUGUUUCCAUUCCAAAAGGAAGAAAUUCCAGUGUUAUUUCUACUUCUGUUUCCUUUUCAGUACCUUUAGUUGCUAUCGCUACAUCUACUGUAAAGCAAUGGCAUGUUAGGCUAGGGCAUUUGCUCUUUUCAAAUGGAGUAGUUGAGAGGAAGCAUAGGCAUCUUUUGGAAGUAGCAAGGGAACGUUUAUUUCACUCUAAGGUGCCUCUCCAAUACUGGGGAGAAUGUGUGCUGACAGCUACAUAUCUGAUCAACAGAAUCCCUUCUAAGGUUCUGAAUGGAUUAACACCCUAUGAGCAUCAGAAAGGUUACAAGGUCCUGGAUCUUGUCACUAAAAGGGUGUUUGUGUCUAGAGAUGUUAGGUUUCAUGAAGAUCAAUUCCCUUUUUCCCACUCACCUCUCACAUCUGAUUUUCCUUUCUUCCCUCAAGAUACAAUUCCAACAGAUACCUUGCCCCAUAACUCAACAGAAUACUCUUCUAGGAUAUCUCUACCAUCGCCUUCACCUCCAUCUACCCACUCCUCACCUAGCAGUUCUUCUACAUGUCCUGGUCCCUCUAUUUCAACCAACAUCAACCUAACACCUUCAGACUCUGCUCCUACUCCAUGUCCUUCUUACUCACCCAUCCUGUCCGGAUCAUUUUCUCCUUCAUCAAUCAGCACACCUAUUCUAAUUCCACCUCCACCAGUCAGAAUAUCUGACAGGGUAACUCAGAAACAAGCCUACUUAAAUGAUUACAUUUGCAAUAACAUCUACCUAUCCGACCUUAGUUCCUGUCUAUCCAAACCUCUCAAGCCAAAUGCCUUUUCUUUCCAUGCUCUUUCUAUAGACAACCAUCAUCUCCUUCAAUCUAUUUCUACCACAUCAGAACCUAGCAGUUAUCUACAAGCUUCUAUCCAUCCUGGGUGGAAAAAGGCUAUGGAUGCUGAAAUUUCAGCACUUGAGAUAAAUAACACUUGGGAUGUUGUAUCCUUUCCACCAGGGAAGAAAGCUUUACCCUGUAAAUGGGUGUACAAGGUGAAGCAUAACUCAGAUGGUACAAUUGAAAGGAUAAAGGCUAGGUUGGUGGUGAGGGGAGACAUUCAGAGAGAAGGGAUAGAUUAUUCAGAAACUUUUUCACCUGUGGUAAAGAUGACUACUAUCAGGUGUCUUUUGGCUGUGGCUAUCAAGAAGGGGUGGAAUGUAUCACAACUCGAUGUUAAUAAUGCCUUCUUGCAUGAGGAUUUGCAAGAAGAGGUCUAUAUGAAAUUCCAGCAGCAAUCAGGUGAUUUAAUUUCCAUAUUAGUUGUAUAUGUGGACGAUAUACUACUCACAGGUAAUGACACCACAGAAAUUGCACAACUUACAGCUUUUCUACACUCAGAAUUCAAAGUAAAACAUCUUGGUCACAUUCAUCAUUUCUUGGGUAUGGAAAUUCUCAGAGAAAAGCAUGGUUUUAUAAUAGGGCAAAGGCAAUUUACCUUGGAACUUUUGGUUGAAUUUGACUGCACAGGUCCUGCUGUAUCUUCACCUCUCGAUCCUUACUCUAAAUUGCAAGCUGAUAUGGGAGAGCUUAUGCCUGAUCCUACCAUUUAUCGCCACCUUGUUGGAAAGCUCAACUACUUAACAAAUACUAGGUCGGACCUCUAUUUCGCUGUUCUUUACUGGGCGGCUUGUAGAGAUUCUCGCCGAUCUGUUAGUAGCUUCUUCAUCACCCUUGGUGGAGCUCCAAUCUCUUGGAAAUCGAAGAAACAAAUCUCCAUCUCUAUGUCCUCCGCAGAAGCGGAAUACAAGUCUAUGAGAAGGGUGACCGCAGAAAUCACUUGGUUAGUCCGCUUACUUGCCGAUCUAUCAGCACCACCCACUUUACCAGUGCCUGUUCACUCGGAUAGCCAAGCUGCCAUUCACAUAGCUCGUAACCUAGUUUUUCAUGAACGAACCAAACAUGUGGAGUUGGAUUGUCACUUUGUUCGUCAACAAUUUCUUUCCGGUUUGAUCUCUCUCUCUUUUGUUCCGUCGGAAUCUCAGCUCGCCGAUCUAUUUACCAUACCCUUAUCCGGGGGUUCUCAUCAGAGUAUUUUAUCCAAGCUAGGGGUCCAUUCUCUCCCCUCCACCUUGAGGGGGGAUGUUGAAGAACAGAACCCCCAUGAUACCACUGUAGCAGAAGAAGCAAAGAAGAAGAAGACAACAGCGUUACAUUUGCUUCAGGCAGAUGAUUCAAUCAAAGUGGAGCAUGACGUGGCAGCAUAA